UCGUUAUAUUAAUAUUACCUUUAAUUUUGCUGCUCAGAAUCGCGCCCGACUUCUCGUGCAUUUAAGCCUCGGAUCUUACAUCCUCGCUGUUCUUUCACGCUAUUCUUUUUCGCUAUUCUAUACUUUUAUAUCUUGCUUCAUUUUUCUUGUUAAUUCCCAAUUCCCGAACCAAGUCGUCACUGCGGUUAUAUAAUAUUACAAGAUACACACACUAGUGCUUUGUCGCCGAUACUUUCUUAAGUUUAAAAACAUAUUCGCUUCAAUGAGAUCGUUAAAUUGCUUAAAUAUCAGUCGCUCAUAGAACAGCGGGUGAUUUGGUGUACAAAUGUCCCACGUAAAUGAUCCCGGAGAGAGGUGUCAGGUCUUUAUUUGGACUAUUGGCAUGGCCCCUGUUCAGUAGAACAGUUUUCUUGUGGUCAUAUAUCACGUGUGUUAUAUACGGCUAUGAAUAACAUGUAUGAAGGGCGUACAUUUACGGUUAAAACGAUGUUCGAAAAUAGAUAUGCGAUGAGCGUCUCCUGCGAGUUUCUCCCACAUACAAGAGGGACGGCCGACUUCCUUUUUAAGACUUGUAUCUCGCCUAUAUACACCUCUAAUGGUUUCGUUGUUAAGCUAGCCUUAAUUCCUACAAAGCUAAGUAACGUUCCUGAAAACAACCGGCCAUCCGUAUUGAUACGAGGCAAUGAGAGGAUGUAAGCAUGCAAAGUCCUAUUGUUUAUUUCACCGGUAAAUAAUUAUUUAUCGCCACUUAAGAAAGUAAGGACAAAUAAUAUAGUCGAGUGUUAUCACUUCUAAUUCGCACGGUCCUCAAUUUUUUCACAGAACCUCUGCAUUUAAAAUGCUUUAUUUUAAAUGCAGGACGUGAACUACUUUCGAGGACAUGAACCAGACAGAAUCAGAGGAACCGCUUUACUACUCAAGAUGUGCUAAAUAUUUCGAUGUAUGUAGUAAUGCUAUUGUCACUAUUAGCUAAAUAACACACCUAGUAGUUGAACAAAUUCAUGGGUCUGGUCAUGGCAAAGUGCAUAACGUAUUCCUCUUAUUCUUUAUAGAUGAGUUAUUUUCUAUGAUAUCAUUAGUCAAGAGUGGUAAGUAAUUGCUGCUAAUCAGUGCGUCUUCCACCAUAAUUGGUUGCUUUUAUGGCUUGUUACAGCCAGUUUAGGACAAAUCUAUGUUUAUCACAAUUGCUCCUUCUGCUAUUCUUAAUUGUAACAAAUGUAUAGGAGCAAGCCAUAGUGGGCUUCUAGGUCGAAUUAUUGUUUUCCCAAUGAAAACUACUCUGUGGCAUAAAUAAAUCAUUGGUGUCGAAAAAACAGAAACAUGUCGAUUUCGUAGCAUGUGAUCACGUAUUACGUGCCGCAGAUCGACUCCUUAAGAGUCGUUUGCCUCCGGAAAAGGGUGGUCGUGACGCUAAUUUUUUGUUUAAAUUAUGAUGUUACCUUUUUUAAUUUGUUCAUUGGCGACCUUUUGUACUUCUGUAGAAAUUUCGUGUCCUUUUCCGGCUGCUUUCUUUUUAUCACCACAUUAUUGCCGUCAACGGAAAAAAUGGCAAGCGGUGCUUUUCUCGGCUCAACAAAAGAACCACGCAGCACGGUGCCUGCUGCUGGUCUAAAUUAUUGUAUUAUUACUGUACUAAAUUAUUAUAUGUAUGAGAUGCUCAAAAAAUUCAUACUCACUCAUUGACAUGUCCGUGAACUGCAUCGCUGAUCUUUUUUUAGCACAGUAGAGGCAAAGAAUCGAUUAGUUAGCUGACUUUUUGAUGCAACGUGACUUACCCAAAAAGCAAACCAUAAUUUUUGCCCUAUCAUGUUAUGGUCUUCAUUCGGAAUCUGUGUUUAAUCAAUUGGGUCCACCAACGUUCGCUGUUGGAGGGCCAGUUCCGUGCUUCUUGUAUACCUUUGUGAAGUGUAUGUAACUGUACGUCAAUGAAGUCCCAAAAUGUCCACGACUAUUACCGUAGCGAUACAGCCACAGGCAACAUGACCACCUUUGUUCGCUUCGUUUUCCGUCGUUGCUCGUCUUUAACCAAGGGAAAACAAACGAAUAUUUCGUCUGCGUCACAGCCGCGGCCUCCAUUUAGAAUCAUCUGUCAUUUACAGGUUCCUUUUUUGGCUCAUUCCGGCUACAUGUGUUCGAGUCUGGUGUAUUACGCGUGUCCACUGCUCGUAACAUAACGCUCGCCCGUAUUUUUCCGAUGUCUCUCCAACAGAUAAUAGUGAUGUCGGAUCUCGCUGCCAUUACCGUCACCACUACUUUAGUCUACAAAGAAAGACGUACUGUUAUUGACGAGUACUCGUUGGCAUUGGGGGGGGGAUCGGGAUCGGGAUCGGGCGAUGGGUAAGUCAUAAUGGCUAGAAAUUCAGACAUAGUAUGAACUUUUUAAAGACGAGACAUUGAGGACAAUCUAUUGGUUGUUGGUAGCUGCGGUUCGACCUGUCACGUUUUGCUUUACACGAUAUUAGGCCGUAGGGAAUGAUUGCAUACUCCGGCAGUUGCCACUUGUGAGCUGCUAUCUUCGCUGCGUAAUGGUCGCUGUGAUUACCGUGCCCGCUAAACCGGCUCCUUUGGUUCGACUCGCGGGCCAUGGCAAAGAGAAAGCCAGUAACCAGCAAAACUAACGAGCGUUCCGAAGAUAUACUACCGUAGAGAAGUUGUCGUAGAAACGACGAUGCUGCUCACUUCAUUCUGCUUUGUCUCUAUCUGAAAGGUCAAGUAGCCUGUUAUCGGCUCGGCUGGCUUACCUUGCCUUUUAUGCAUGGCACCGUUUGUUAAUGGCCUUUGGCAACGCUUCUCGUGAUGCUUUUAACGCUUUGUCAGCAUCGGAAUAAAGAGGGAAAAGGAGCAGUCUGACGAAUUUGAAGGGUAAGCGAUGAGCGGUGAUUAUCGGUCGCUUGUUGUUUCCAACGUUCACUGCAGUUUGCUGUACAUAGAUUCCUGGUUUUGAUUACUCUGUGUGCAAGUGACCGUCCGCUAAUGCAGCCGCUACGGUGGCUAGCUACAUUAUCAACAAUAUCAAUGUAGUACUCUGGAGAUGAUAAAAACGGACAGACACAACUAUUAUAACUCUUUCUCUUGCUGCUAGUUCAAUUCAGCUUCGUCGUGAACUCACUUAGCGGUAGCAGCAAUACCGGCGUUAGUUAGUAAGCUGAUGUGCGACAAACGAUUUGGGUAUAGAAAGUAUGGCCUUCUAUUUAAGGAGAUGGCCAGUAUACAAGUAGUAGCUCGUUAUCGUUCCCUGCAUGUAUAGUACUGUAAUGCUGUAAUUCUAGCAAGGUGCUAUACACGGUUUAGGCAUUUUCAGUGUAUGUUUAUCUGCGCAUACCUUGUAAAUGCCGCUUCAACCAUCCUACUGUUGCUUAGAUAGUAGGCACGAGCAGAGGACAUAUUUCCCCCGCCGACUUUUGAAUCGAUUACUGGCCGCUUAGCGAUAACAUCAAACACCAGCAGUUACACAUUUCAGUUCAGAUGACGGCCAUUACGAAAACGAUGAAUUGAGGUACGAGAGAACAUAACAACAACAACAACAGCAGCAGCAGCAGCAGCAAUAGUAGCAUUGUAUUAGAUGAAGAGAAAUGCGCGUUGCUUUGAUGCGUUUCGUCUGCUGCUGUCGAGAGUGAGUAGUAUUGGCAUAAACAUGACCGUUGGCCCUAACAGGAAAAUAGCGACGAACGCUAAGCUUUCUCAUUCGCAUCCCCCUGCUUUCUGCAUCAUUACCUUCGUUGGCAUCUGCAGUAUGUGGAAGUGCGGUCUGUGGGCGUAGCUGUGAGUGGGGAUGCGCUCCGGCGGCUAGCUGUGGUCAGUCGCCACGACUGGGCUGACAAGGAGUGGUACGAAAGAUACCUAUUCGAAUUCUUCCUCAUCUUCAUGACUCAUGAAUUUGUAAAAUCGAUCCAGUAUACUUUUCCAACAUGUCUGGGCAAAUAUAUUAAAAAAGAGUUUUAAACUAAUGGGUGUACUCGUGUGCGCAUCUGCGCGCGCUUUGGCCACCGCUUUCGCAUCUUGUGGAUCGUUUCCUCAGCUUCCAUAGCCAGCAAUUCCAUGUGCUGAUCCGUAUGGCCUGGCGUGCACCGACUAAAUGGCUGUCUCUCCAAAGAUCUUGUUCCCGACCGCAGCGAUAAUUAUAGCUCAUUGGUUAACGAGCUCGACCGACCCAAGAUGUUUAUGGCAGAGCAGGCCAAUAGCGAGUUCUUAGCAAGGGCCGGCCCUGGAUGUGGAGAAUCGAGAGAAAGUUGAGCCGAUUUUGAAUAAAUCGUAGGUGAGACUCUUUCUCCCCGUACGUGUUUCUCCUAUUAUCUCGUUCUCGGUGAUCUCGCGCGAAAAUGGAAAUCUUCUCACUAAAAGUAGAAGACUGUACCGAUCAGACUGAGCAAAGCAGGGUACAUGCUAGUUGCCACGUAAUCGAACGACGAGUCAGUCUAUAACUGGUGAUUCUACGUAAACUCCAGGUGUCCUCUAGUUACUGCUUUCUAUAGGAAUACUGCUCUUAGCAAAAAGCACGCAAUAACGAGUGAGUAGAGGGUUCGCGUCCAUGAUGUUACGCACAAUUCGGAACAUACAUCUUGUCUAUAUAAUAAUAAUAAUUUAAUCAAGCAGCGUGAUUUGAUUUGCGUCUGCGGUAUUCUAGUUUUGAUUUCGAUGCGAGUUUAUUUGUACUAAAUUUUUCCUGUAGUCGUGGUAUAUGUUUCUGUUGAAGUACACUAGCUCGGUCUACGAUGCGCAGUCGUAUAUCCUUUGAGAGCUUCAUCACUAAUCCGCCGAAUUAGUUAACCGUCGGAAGUUAGAUUACACCUGCUAGUAAUGGUCAUUUCAGUCUUUCGUCUAGUAGCAUUUCUAGAGAAGUGCCGAUAGAAACUUGUCACCACUUUGCACACACCCAUCAGGCAGUGGUAAUAGCAAAAGGCAUUUGGGAAACGAAUCUUAUAGGAACGGGCUCAUCGACAGUUUCACAGAAUUGCCUUCAUUUUUGUCAUGUCUACAUUUUGUUGUUAUUGUUGUCGGGAACGACUGUUCAUGACUUGUUGUUCUUUUGCCAUAACCUGGAGAGGGAUCCUGCUAGACACUAACCAAAGCAGCGCGAAGUUUUGAGGGCGUGUUUCAGUAGGUACGACAACAGCGCAAAAUGGGUUUUAAAGUGUACUCCGAGCUUACAGAAUGUUCAGAUAAAACGAGCAGUACACUGAAAACCAGGGCAGGGCUAAUGACGAUUUUCGGAAGUGGUGACACUGGUGACUUUUGUUAAUGAUCUGACUUCAUCUGUAAUUUCCUCCGUAUAAUGCUGCAUUUUCAAACACAACUGCGAAUGUGAAAAAAAAAAGAAGUUUUUUUAUUUGCUUUCCUCGUCUGUUUUUGGUUGAUUAAUUAACUGACCUCGUUGUGAAGGUUACGCGAUAAGUGUACGACAAACAAUGCGCUAAACGCGACUCGUUCGUCUCGCAUAAGUUAACUAAUAAUGUUACUGUAUACCCAGAGCGUGACGUAAUAGCGUAACGUCUAACUGGCGUUGUGUUGUGAUAAGAUUACGUGUCCAAAAAUACGUAACACUCAUAGCUAGUUAACGGAUGCACAUCUGCUGCUAACAAGAUCAGGUAUAUUGUAUACAACGAGUGGGUCGUGUCGUUCAUGUUCAGAUGAAAUCGCAAAGAGUAUAGUGGUUAUGCGCGACUAAAAAAUACCUUCGAUUUUCUUUUCUGGGUUGAGGUAAAAAAAAGUGCCUACCUUAAAGCCCUUGUUAUUAACGUAAUACUUACGUUAGAACUGUAAAAAAAUGGGAAAAUCUGAUUGCUGCCUACAGUUAGAGCUGUUUUGUCCGCCGUGUGUUCAUAUGCUACUUAUACUGUAUGUUUUUUUCUGUCGAAAGCAUACAUUUUUUGACUAAGUUUUUUAGUGCUUCCAGUAAUCGAAGAUCGAACCCGGAAGUAAAUACCCGAUGUAAAAACAUGAUCUUAAAAUAUUCGCUUUAAAUUGACGUUUAAACAACAAACACUAUGAUCGGCUAUUUGCCUAAUGCCUUCCCAAGAAUAGGACAGAGGUAACGAUAAUUCCAAGCAGCGACUUUUGUUGCAUAAAAAGUCAGUAUGGACUAUUCCUCCUUCGAUUUUUCCCACAAUGUUUGACUAAAAUUACGCUUAGUUUUCUGCUAGAUCAAUCCCGUUAUUGCUACAAUUUCUUCAGUUACAUCUUCUCGUUUAUUUUGUUCUACAAUGUGGAGUAACACAGACAUUCGAGGUUUUUCCACUGUGUUAACUCGUUUUGCCGUUGCUAUUAAUAUCGCUGAUUAGUCGUUGUGUUACGACUUUGUCGAUGCAGUUGUUUGUUGCUGCUGGUGCCGCCUAUUGUUAUUAUUGUUGUGAAUAACCCUGCUAACCGCGACCCCAAUACGCGAUCCAAACAAUUUCUUCCUCCCGUCUACCACCAUCACAACCACUUUGGCUUGGCCUACGUAUGAAAAACCUGGUGGGUGAUAUGAUGACGCCUAUCGUCCUGUCGGUUGUUGCUUCGUCCUGACUGACGUGAUUAGUUGCCUAUAUUCGGCAAGCCACUCCCGCCGAUCGUGAGCGUCAGUACGGCCAACGGAGGCAUAACGGCAGCGGUUGCGGCGGUCGGUAACGGGACAGUGACGUCUGCUGGAGAUGCCAAUGGAAUUAUAGGACCCAACGGCCUGGACGGCCAAGGGUUUGGGAUGAGCUCAAACCCCUGCAGCCCUAACGGAACCAUCAUGCGAGCACACCUCUGUCUCCUCUCGACGGAGCUGGAAAGGCAACUUCUGCAGGCGAACCCGAUUCUCGAAGCAUUCGGUAACGCCAAAACAGUGAAGAAUGACAAUUCCUCCAGAUUUGGUAAGUUCAUCCGAAUUAAUUUCGACGCUUCGGGCUAUAUCAGCGGCGCUAACAUCGAGACGUACCUGCUUGAGAAGUCUCGCGCGAUCCGUCAGGCGAAGGACGAGCGCUCAUUUCACAUAUUUUAUCAACUUCUGGCCGGUGCCUCUGUCGAGCAGAUCAACGAACUUCUGCUUGAAGAUGUGGGCGGCUACGAGUUUUUGUCACAAGGUAAUAUCACAGUGCCCGGCAUCGAGGAGAGUGAAGAGUUCCGCACAACAUUGCAGGCCAUGCAGAUUAUGGGUUUUUCGAACGAGGAUAUCAAGUCAAUCUUCAAGGUGCUUUCAGCAGUGCUUUUGUUCGGCAAUAUGCACUUUAAACAGGAGCGUAACACUGACCAGGCUACGCUUCCUGAUAAUCGCGUUGCACAAAAGGUAUCGCACCUGCUAGGCAUCGGCCUGCUCGAAAUGAGCAAGGCUUUCUUAAAGCCGAAAAUGAAAGUCGGCCGGGAGAUGGUGAACAAAGCCCAAACGAAGGAACAGUGUGAAUUUGCUGUUGAAGCCAUUGCCAAAGCUCUCUAUGAACGAUUGUUCAAGUGGAUCGUGCACCGUAUCAACCGAUCGUUGGACCGCAGUACCCGUCAAGGAACGUCGUUUAUCGGCAUCCUCGAUAUUGCCGGAUUCGAGAUCUUCGGGGUCAAUUCGUUCGAACAAUUGUGCAUCAAUUACACAAAUGAGAAGCUACAACAGCUAUUCAAUCAUACGAUGUUCAUCCUUGAGCAAGAGGAAUAUCAAGCUGAGGGAAUCGAGUGGAAAUUCAUCGAUUUUGGUCUCGAUUUACAGCCGACAAUCGACCUCAUCGAAAAUCGAUCCGGUGUUCUAGCUAUCCUUGAUGAAGAAUGCAUUUAUCCUAAAGCGACAGAUCGCACAUUUGUCGACAAACUGCAGGCCGGUCACGAGACGCAUCCGAAAUUCAUUAAAAGUGACCGCAUUCGCUCAGGUAUUGCUGAUGCUGAUUUCAGCAUUGUGCACUACGCCGGCAGUGUAGUGUACUCAGCCCGCCAAUGGCUUGAAAAGAAUAUGGAUCCACUUAAUGACAACGUCGUUCAGAAUUUGCAGCAAUCACAGGAUCCAUUUGUGGCAGCGCUCUGGAAAGACGCUGAGAUCAUCUCAAUGGGCGCCACACUCGACGGAACAUUUGGCCCUGCCCGUGUCCGCAAAGGCAUGAUGCGUACAGUAGCUAUGCUGUAUAAGGAGCAACUGGCCAAGUUGAUGGAUACGCUUAGCAAUACCAAUGCCAAUUUCGUACGUUGUAUUAUUCCCAACCACGAAAAGAAGGCGGGCCGAAUCGAUCCUUUGCUUGUGUUAGAUCAGCUCCGCUGCAACGGUGUCCUCGAAGGCAUUCGUAUCUGCCGACAAGGCUUUCCCAACCGGAUUCCGUUCAGUGAGUUCCGGCAGCGAUACGAACUGCUUACGCCGAACGUGAUACCCAAAGGUUACAUGGAUGGGAAAUCCGCGGUCGAGAAGAUGGUCAAGGCCCUGGAAUUGGACAACAAUCUGUUCCGAAUUGGCAAGUCAAAGAUUUUCUUCCGUACUGGGGUUCUCGCCGGACUCGAAGAGGAGCGUGACAUAAAAAUCUCUGACCUCAUUAUUCAGUUCCAGGCGUACUGUCGCGGCCUGCUUGCACGUCGGAUGUACCAACGGCGUAUGCAACAACUCAACGCCAUCCGCAUCAUCCAGCGAAACUGCGCUAGCUAUCUGAAGCUACGCAAUUGGCCCUGGUGGCGGUUAUACACCAAAGUGAAGCCUCUUCUCCAGGUGACGAAACAGGAGGAGAAGCUGUUCGCUAAAGAUGAGGAACUUAAGCAAGUUCGCGACAAGUUCGAGAAAAGCCAACAGGAGAUGAAGGAGGUCGAACGCUCCCUUCAGCAGGCUCUAGAAGAGAAAGCCACACUGAGCGAGCAGCUGCAGAACGAAACAGAACUUUGCGCCGAAGCCGAGGAGAUUCGGGGACGCCUCCUUGCCCGGAAACAGGAAUUAGAGCACUUCUGCCACGAGCUCGAAUCCCGACUCGAGGAAGAAGAUGAAAAGAUCCAGGCGCUGACAAACGAGAAAAAGAAACUUCAGCAGCAUAUUACCGAUCUUGAGGAACAGCUUGAAGAAGAAGAAGGCGCACGCCAAAAGCUUCAAAUAGAAAAAUAUGCCUUGGACGGCAAGAUAAAAAAAUUGGAAGAAGGCUACGCGAUCCUCGAAGAUUCGAAUGGCAAAAUCCAAAAGGAGAAAAAGAUGCUCGACGAUCGCCUGAAGGAUGUCGAGCAGACGCUACAAGAAGAAGAGGAAAAGUGCAAACAGCUGUCCAAGCUCAAGGCCAAGCAAGAGGCCACUAUCGUCGACCUUGAGGAGCGGCUCCGGAAGGAGCUCGACGUCCGUCAGGAGCUAGAACGGGGCAAACGCAAGCUUGACACCGAGGUGAGUGACAUCAAAGAGCAGCUCAAUGAGAAGAAGGCUCAACUCGAGGAGAUGCAGACACAGCUCAUCAAAAAAGAGGACGAACUUAAUGUUGCACUUGUCCGUUGUGACGAAGAGACGCUUGCACGCUCACAGGCACAAAAAGCAUUGCGAGAAUUAGAAUCUCAGAUGAGCGAUAUUCAAGAGGAUCUCGAAUCAGAAAAGGCAGCUCGCCAGAAGAGCGAAAAGCAGAAACGUGACUUAAAUGAAGAGCUCGAACGGCUCAAGAACGAGUUGCUUGACUCACUCGAUUCCACGGCAACGCAAAAGGAACUCCAGAAGCAACGGGAGCAUGAGGUGGCUGCCCUGAAGAAGGCGCUCGAGGAUGAGAUGGCCGCUAAGGAGGCUCAAGUUUCAGAACUACGAGCCAAACAUCAUCUGCAGGUAGAACAGUUAUCGGAACAGACGGAUCAGCUGCGGAAGCAGAAGGCCAGCCUCGAGAAAGCCAAGCAGCAUCUUGAAGCCGAGAAUAUUGACAUGGCGAAUGAGAUCAAGGGCCACAUUGCUGCCAAGCAAGAAUCAGAACGAAGAAGGAAGGCUUUGGAGCACCAGUUGCAGGAGGCAUCGGCUAAACAGGCCGAAGCCGAACGUCUUAAGCAAGAUCAAAUUGAGCGUUGCGGUAAAAUGCAAGCCGAGCUGGAGUCGGUCUACGUCCAGUUGGAGGAGUUAGACAAGCGGGCCACUGCGGGACAAAAGAACAGCUCAAAUCUCGAAGCACAGCUAGCCGAAGUGCAGGAGCUACUUCAAGAGGAAACUAAACAGAAGCUAGCGCUGAGUGCCAAGUUGCGACUUCUCGAGGCAGACAAACAGCAACUGCAAGAGCAAUUGGAUGAGGAGGAAGAAGCCAAGCGCAAUAUGGAUAAACAAAUGCAGGUUCUUCAGGCACAGAUCACCGAGGCAAAGAAGAAAAGCGAGGACGAAGGAGAACAGGCGCUAGAAGAACAGCGCAAGAAAUUCGCCAAGGAGUUGGAUUCCGCCAACGCUAAACUUGCCGAGCACUUGGCGCAAGUCGACAAGCUAGACAAAAGUAAGAGAAAGCUGUUGGCCGAAGUGGAGGACCUUAAUAUCGAACUAGAUUCCGUCCGUUCAAAGGUCUGCGACCUGGAGAAAAAACAGCGCAAGUUUGACUCUUUGCUAGCCGAAGAAAAAGCGCACACAGAACGUGUGAUGGCAGAAAAGGACCAAGUGGAACGGGAAAGUCGCGAGAAGGAAACUCGUCUCUUGGCCCUCACUCGUGAUCUUGAGGAGAAAGACACGAUGAUCGAGCAGCUGGAAACAGCGCGCCGUCAACAAAACGCCGAGCUCGAAUCGCUUGUCAACACUCAAGGUAGCGCUGACCGCAACCUACAUGAGCUGGAGAAGGCACGCCGAACCCUCGAAAAUCAGCUGACGGCGCAAAAGCAACGGUUGGAAGAACUUGAAGAUGAGCUUCAGCUAGCUGAAGAUGCCAAGUUGCGUAUGGAGGUAAAUCUACAAGCUAUGCGGUCGCAGUUUGAGCGUGAUAUGGCUGCUAGGGACGAACAAGCUGAAGAGAAGCGCAGAAGCUUACUCAAGAGCAUUCGCGACCUCGAAGGCGAGCUGGAAGAGGAGCGCAAACAGCGCUCGGCAGCGCAGACGCAUCGCAAGAAACUUGAAGCUGACAUCAACGACAUGGAACACCAGCUAGAGCUAGCCAACAAGAGCAAGGACGAUGCCAACCGGGCCUUUAAGAAGAUGGCCGCAUCGCUGAAGGACUUCCAGAGGGAGUACGAGGAGGCGAAAGCCGGAAAAGAAGAGCUCAUCGGUGCCGCCAAGGACGCCGAUAAACGCGCCAAGCUGCUCGAGGCUGAGGUAACCCAACUACAGGAAGACCUCGCGUCGGCUGAAAGGGCCCGUCGCUCCGCUGAGUCAGAAAGGGAUGACCUUCAGGAGGAACUGUCGGCUACUGGUGGACGAGGAUCAUUCCUCGCCGAAGAGAAAAAGAAACUUGAAGCACGAAUCCUCCAACUCGAGGAAGACCUCGAGGAGGAACAGUCGAACGGCGAGAUUCUGGUCGAGAAGAUGCGCAAGGCCCAGAAUCAGAUUGAGGCGGUCACUAACGAGCUAAGUCAAGAACGUAACAACAGCGCCCGGCUCGAAAAUUCAAAUGCUGCUCUCGAACGCCAAAUCAAGGAGAUGCGUGCGAAACUCCAGGAGAUUGAGACUUCGCAGCGAAACAAAAUCCGCAGCGCUGUCAGCCACCUCGAGACUCGAGUAUCACAGUUCGAGGAACAGCUCGAUCUCGCCGAACAAGAAAAGCAGACUGCUCAGCGUAUGGCUCGUAAACUUGAAAAGCGUAUGAAAGACGCCGUUAGUCAGGUUGAUGAUGAGCGCCGCAAUGGUGAGCAACUAAAGGAGCAGAUAGAAAAGGUGACUAAUCGUUUGCGCACCCAGAAGCGGCAAUUCGAUGAAAUCGAUGAAGAAUGCUCACGCGAAAAGGCCCACCGACGGAAGCUGCAACGCGAGAUCGAGGAGCUUCAGGAGCAGAACGAUAAAUUGCAAGCCGACCUUGCCAGUGCCCGAAACAAACUUCGCCGAGCUGGUGGGGGCCGGUUCACUGGCUCAACGCCAUCGCGCGGCGAUGAGAGUCCCGUCUCGCUGCCGGACGACAGCCUGGCUAGCUCUGAAGAUGGACAGAUCAUCCAAUAAAAAUAAGUCUCCCUCGUUCAUUCCCAACUUCCCAACCAAUACAUCAAUCAAAAUCUACCUAAUUCGGAAUUUGAAGUCGCUCACGAAACGCUAAGCGGCGUUAAACUUUAUCAUGACGACAAAAGUUGUCAAUUAAUAUUUGCACUGCGGCAAAACACUUACCACAACGCUCUGAAAACCUUCACCAAUAGUCACAUGGAGAGAAGGCCUACAUGUUAAGCGUACUUCAAGUAAGAUUCUUAGGAAGGAAGGAAGUUCUAGUGCUGUAACUUCUGGCCGGAAAGGUAUCAUUACAGGUGCGGACUGAUUCAUCCAGUAUGCAGUUAAGCACGUGUAUCAUCAGUGCAGACGUUGUCCUUGGAAUCGACAUCUAAGUUAAAGAAUCUGAGUUGAUCGUGCUGCCCUCCUUAUUCUGGGAGCUUGUGCUUUCAAGUAUUGGAGAUCCUCUGUUGUCAUAUUUAUGGAAAGUAUAGACUAUGACAGUGCUACUUGAUGUAACCAUUGAGGAAUGCAAGCGAGUAAACACACAGACAAACGAUGUUUCGGCAACAUUCACAAACGUGUAGUACCUUUAUAUGGGUGAUCUGAUUGAAGACCUAUACUGUGCCUCACCCUGGGCAAUACGACGACGUCAUCAGGGUAGCCUAUGCUAUACAGACAAUUCAAAGCAAGCCUUUCUAAAGAUAUUAAUUAUAGAAUGUUAAGCCUCUCAAUGUCACUUAGAUGGAACCUACUUUGUCGAACGGCCAAACAGUAUCGCUGCGAACGAGAAAAAGAAGAGUUAUA